GGGGAGGGGGCGGAGGAGAGGCGGCUGGGCUCCGGCUCAGCUCUCAGCUCCACUCUGCCUUCCGCUCCGCUCUCACUUGCCGCUAAAGCCUCCCGCUCCUGCCCCAGGACCCAGAGGUGGGCCCUAAAACCCAAGCGUCCCCAGACAAAAGCCUUGCCAGCCCCUACUCCCGACCUCCAGCCCCGGCAGGUCGCUGCGCCGCCAGGGGGCGCCGUGUGAGCCCCCUAUCCCGGCCACCCGGCGCCCCCUCCCAUAGCCCAGACGGGAGCGGGGCGCCGGGGGCCAUGCGGGGCCAAGGCCGAAAGGAGAGUUUGUCCGAAUCCCGAGAUCUGGACGGCUCCUACGACCAGCUUACUGGCCACCCUCCAGGGCCCACUAAAAAAGCCCUGAAGCAGCGUUUCCUCAAGCUGCUGCCGUGCUGCGGGCCCCAAGCCCUGCCCUCAGUCAGUGAAACAUUAGCUGCCCCAGCCUCCCUCCGCCCCCACAGACCCCGCCCGCUGGACCCAGACAGCGUGGAGGAUGAGUUUGAACUGUCUACGGUGUGUCACCGGCCUGAGGGUCUGGAGCAGCUCCAGGAACAAACCAAGUUCACGCGCAAAGAGUUGCAGGUCCUGUACCGAGGCUUCAAAAACGAAUGCCCCAGCGGAAUUGUCAACGAGGAGAACUUCAAGCAGAUUUAUUCUCAGUUCUUUCCCCAAGGAGACUCCAGCACCUAUGCUACUUUUCUCUUCAACGCCUUCGACACCAACCAUGACGGCUCUGUCAGUUUUGAGGACUUUGUGGCUGGUUUGUCGGUGAUUCUUCGGGGAACCAUAGACGAUAGGCUCAACUGGGCCUUCAACUUAUAUGAUCUCAACAGGGAUGGCUGUAUCACAAAGGAGGAAAUGCUUGACAUCGUGAAGUCCAUCUAUGACAUGAUGGGCAAGUACACGUACCCUGCGCUCCGGGAGGAGGCCCCGAGAGAGCACGUGGAGAGCUUCUUCCAGAAGAUGGACAGAAACAAGGAUGGCGUGGUGACCAUUGAAGAAUUCCUUGAGUCUUGUCAACAGGACGAGAACAUCAUGAGGUCCAUGCAACUCUUUGAUAAUGUCAUCUAAGCCCCCCAGGGAGAGGGAUCAGUGCUUCCG